AUGUCUGUCCAUGUAGCCAGGACGACCCGAAGGGACCCUAAAUCAGAAGACAGAGACUCGUUAUCUCUUCUUGAUUACCAUGAGGAGUCACUGUCACUUGGGAAUCUACUCGCUGCUCCCCCACUUGUGGACUUCGAGGUUUCAAAUGGACCGGCGGCCCCUCGUGUGAUACCGGCGCAUCAAUACAACCUCCGCUCGUGUAGCACGAGAUCAAACAACAGUGCUUCAGUGGGAAACCCUUUCAACGCGAGUCCCACUCCGGCUGAUGACCAUGUAGCUACCUCGACAGAGCAGGCACACCCUGGGCCGGAGCGUGCCCCCUCUACACAUCACGAAGCUGGGCAACCAAGCACAAGCACCGCUUGGAUUUUCGACCACGAUGACGAUUUUCUCCUUGGAGAAUUGCAGCUGGUCAAUGUUCCAGAGUGGUUCGACCAGGAAGCUGCGGAAAUGUCUCGGCGACUACCAGGGCAGGAUGGUGCUAAGAUUGCGAGGCGCUUCAUGCCUGUUGCGUUCAAGCCCCUUACACCUGACGACGCCGUUCAAGAGCAUGUACUGCGUGCAUGUAUGCACGCAAUUUAUAUCAAGCAUAGCAGCCCUGCAUGCACCGAGUCAGUUGUGGAGGCGGCACUCGAUGCCAAAUACCAUGACUACAUGUCACCUGGGUCCAGCAAAGCUUGCCAAGCGGCCGCUCCGUAUCUUCCCAGGACAUUCAAGCAGGCCCUCACUCUAUUAAGCAAGUACUCCAGCUGCAGAUGGCCACUGUUGUCCCGCUACGACCUUUGUCCCUGUGGGUUUUUAUUUCGCUGUGAACACCGUGAUGACAGUAAAUGCCCAGGCUUGACAGCAGGUGAAGGUGCUCCUUGUGGACGUGAGCGUGGCCAGACCUCUCGUUCACUGGUAUACAACUCCAUAGUUCAGUACCUCACUCGCAUUUAUGCAAACGCGCACCAGGCGGCCGAAUUCGGUUCAUGGCUGGAGCGCAGAUCAACCAGCUCCCUCAUGAUGGACAUCGCAGAUGGUGAUUAUGUGCGUCAGAUCCUGGAGUCGGAUCAGCGAUUCAGGGAUGACCCACGCAACGUCCUCCUCAUGGUCGUCACAGAUCCAUUCAUCGUGGCAUCAGAUGAGCAUGAGCGCUCCAGCACACCCUGGUUGCUGCUAUGCGUCAAUGCGCCUGCCCAUGUCCGUCAUGAGAUUGGGUAUGCAUCGGUCCUCUGCAUCAUGGGUGGCAACAUAAAGCCGCCCACGCAAAAACAUGGGCUCCCGAUGGACCACAACCAUGUCCUCGGUCUUAUUACGGACGAGCUGGAGGUGCUGGAUUCGAUUGGGUGUGAAGUCCAUGACGCCUCCCGAGGUGGAGCACCAUUCACCUGCUAUGCCAAGAUCAUCGCCCUGUCGUCAGACUACCGUGGUCUCCAGAAGCAUGUUGGGAUCAAGGGCACCCCUGCUCUCAAUGCCUGCUUCAAGUGCUGGGUUCACGGGCAUCGUGUUGGGCACAAGACCAUAUUCACCAACCACUUCACCUGGUUGUCACCUGCAAAUAGCUUGAGGAAAGAAAUGCGCAAGCUGCACACUACUGCAUGCGGUAGAUACUGGCCUCUGGAUGCCCAGCCGCCACGCCCCCGGAGCACACUUGAGAUGCGCCUGGCACUUGAGUUCCCCACUGCCACAAGCUGUGCAGACUAUGAGGUGGAGCAGUUGGCAUGCCCCUUGUACCGUCUGCGCUACUUUGACCCCGUCCUGGGGAUCCAGUAUGACGGCAUGCAUACAAUCGGUGGGGUCAUCAAGGACACGGUCGUCAAGGGGUUACAGGGCAUGCGAUCGGGUGAGGCCAGUGAUGCUAUCCGUGAGUAUGACCAGGGCAACAAGGUUGCCACGGACGCCGGCAAGGCCAGCUCCGACCAGUUGGCAGCAUUUCGAAAUGCUCUGGCAUCCGCUGCAAAUGCCUCGCCACUGACCCAGUAUGCCUCCCGAUUGGGGCGUCUCACUGGUGCGGGCAAGGCACACAAGACGCAUACAAUGUUUCUGCUCGCGGGGCCGAUCGGGUAUUAUGCCAUCGCUGCAGCGAGGUUGCCAGCCACUUUGGAGGGGGUGUACUUGGACCUUCUCCAGGCCUGCGGUGACCUCUGGGACAAGGCCAUAACACGGGAGGAGCUGAGCGGGCUGCGUGAGCGAGUAGCAUCUGCCAUUUGUGGGGUGGAGCGGCACCUGUCAGCAGUGGAGCUGGAUAUCAAGCUUCACAACUUACUCCACCUUGUGGAUGGUAUUGAGAUGUUUGGGCCCCUAUUUGCAUGGGCCAUGUUUCAACCGGAGUCCAUCUGGGGCAUGCUGUCCCGGCUUGCUCACAGUAAGGUCUAUAUGGAGUCUAGCAUGUUCUUUUCAGCGCUGGACAAGGAAGUGACGCUAAAGCUCCGGCAAUCGCCCGAGUAUGCUGUCCUGGGCAGGCGGGAUGGUGACGAGGAUGAAGUCGACCCGGGAAUGUGGGACCCCGAGACGUACUUGUGCGAGGGUUUGCCAGUUAUACGACUAGGGAACAUCGAGGAGGAAAUGUACAGACUGGGUCCAACGGAGCUAGAGGGGCUCGAGCUCUUGUAUCAGCGGUACAACAAGGAGGGUCGUGUCCAAAGUCGCUGCAAGAUCAUGAAGGAGAUCUGGGUUGGGGAGAUGAAGCUCCAGAAGGGGUCAUGGUUCCUGGUGCUGCCAGAUGCAGAAGGGGAUGGCCUCAUGUGGUUCGGGGUGGUGAAGGCCCUUAUCCGCCACAAGGGGCCAGACCGUGCCAUUUAUGAGGUAGUGAGGGCAGACUGGUUCCGGGGCCCAAGCCUGCAAGCCCAGGUUGACCGGCGUCUGCGCUGCCCAGUUGUGAGAAGCAAGCCCAUUAAAAUACCAGAUGGAGAAUGGUGGUUCGCCAACACUAUCGUGCCAUGGCCAUGUUGGGCGAUGCCUCAUCCCAGUAAGCCAUCCAGUGCAGGUCUCAAGGUGGUACUUGCUAGGCAUUGGCAUGUUACCAGGUUUCUCUCACCAUAUCCCCGCAUCUAG